AUGGGUGAAAUCGUGUCGGAGGACCACGUCGUUCAGGAGCUAGUCAGAUCCGUGGAGGAUAUACCCAUCGGCGUCGCGAAUGUUCUGACGGUGCUGCAGCAGCUGUGCUCAGAGCACGACCCCAAGGCCAUGUCCGCCGUGCUGCACCAUGCCCAGACAUACGCGCUCGACGACUUGCCGCGGCUGCGCCGCCUCGCGCGUCUCUCCAUGCGCCCCUUCGAAGUCGCGUGUCAUUACCCUCUCGCUAACUUCCCCGCAGUCAUGCAAGAGCUGGCGGCGUCAUUUCCCCAGGACGAGAAGGAGGUGGUCGCAAUCAGAGUCGCGCACCGACGCAUGGACGAAUUGGUCACCGGAAAGCACGUCAUCCUGCAGCCACGCACCGUGCAGGAGCAGGAGGAGCAGCAGCAGGCGCAUGGGGACCUGGGUUGGCAGCAGGAGCAGAUUGAGGGUGCGUUCCUGCUGGCGAAUGGCGACGGUUUGCAGCAGACGAAUGGAGAUGUGAAGCGGGAGGCAAACGGAGAUGUGAAGUGGCAGGCAAACGGAGAUAUAAAGUGGCAGGCGGAUGGGGACGUGCAGAAGGAGGCUGUGCCGCUUAUUCAAACCGCGUCUCCCCCCCUCCUCUCCUUCCUCGGUCACCUCGGCCAUCUCGCUAGCACCGUGGUCAAGGCCUCUGAUAACUACCUUCAUCUCAACAAGCAGUUGGCGUACAUGCUUCAACCCUCUCCCGCCCUGGACUCAGCAGCAGCGCCUUCAAGUUUACAGGAGAAGUUUCAGCCGCUGCACAGUGCGCUUGCUUGCAGACAGGAACGCGUGGAUGCUGCUUGGAAGCAGCUGUGUGCACUGCAGGGGCAGGUGGAGAGGGAGGGUGCGCGGAUCCGCCCGGAGCGCGCAAAACACUCCCUCCCUCCCUCCCUCCCUCCCUCCCUCCCUCCCUCCCUCCCUCCCUCCCUCCCUCCCUCCCUCCCUCCCUCUUUCCCUCCCUCUCUCCUUCCUUUCCUCCCUCCCUCCCUCCCUCCCUCCUUCCCUCCCUCCCUCCCUCCCUCCCUCCCUCCCUCCCUCCCUCCCUCCCUCCCUCCCUCCCUCCCUCCCUCCCUCCCUCCCUCCCUCCCUCCCUCCAUCCCUCCCUCUCUCCUUCCUUUCCUCCCUCCCUCCCUUGCUCCCCCGUCCGUCUGA